CCUCCGGGGGUCCUUUUCGACCCCUUCGCAGGCAAUGCCUCGGAUGCUUGGUCACUCUUGCGAGGCCUGCAAGAUGCUUACAAAGUCUUCGAAGCCUGGCCGGACCUUUCCUUUGAUCCGCCCUUCGCUUCCCUGAUGGAUGAUGGCUUCACAGGCCAGUACUGUGCUCAGAACUUGGGCUCCUGGCAGCAUCCCAUGGGCACGGCCCAGCUUGGGCAUGUCUUGGACAGCCGUCUGCGUGUGCGCGGCGUGAAGAACCUGUGGGUAGCAGAUGCUUCAGCACUUCCUGACUGGGCCUUGGCCGGGCACCCGGAUGCUGGGAUCCGAGUUUUGGGCUCCUUGGUGGCCAGCUUUGCCGCAGAGGCGGUUGCCGGGUGA